CAACCCCCAGAACCCCACAGAGACAACCUCAGCGACAUCCUCAGUGACAGCGACAUCAGCACCCUUGACCUCGGCCCAAGCCUCUCGGCCCGCAACACAUCUUGCUACCAAACAUCCAACACGGUCAAGACCCGAGACACCAAGCAGUCCUCCUCUCUCACCAUACCGCUUACCCAUGGCCAUCUACAGAGCGGCCUAACCACGGCCCAAGACUUCAAGGCUCGACCCACUACCACAUCUCCGUCAAUGAAAGAUGCAACACAGGGAGUGGACAUCACGCCCAAGAGGCUUAAGAUGAGGGCCGGGUCUGUGAUGGGUGCUGUGAGAACUUUUUCAUCGCCGCUUUUGUCGCCUUUGAGGGGUGGUACUGCGAAGCUUGGGAGGCCGGGGGUUAAUCGGGCGAAGACCUCAUUUAGGGGUGUUGGGGGCGUUUUGGAGCGUUGA